UAGGUUAAAGUCGGAAUUUGGAAAAUAGUUUUAAGACUAGGAUUUUAAUUGUAUAAAUGUGCGGUAUGGAACCAUCACUCUAGUUUCUGCAUAUGUUAGAGAGGUUGAUGAAUAGAAGCAAAAGGUAUCAAAAUGGCAAAGAACUUGUCAGGAUUUUUCUUCUUCUCCUUCAUUCUCAUACACCUUCUUGCUCUUUCCAUUAACGCCCAGCCAGAGUUCCUGAUAGAUUCAUGUCCAAAUGAUUCUGGAAAUUACACUACUAACAGUACCUACCAAGCAAACCUUAACACCAUCUUGUCCUCCAUCUCCACCGGAAUAGACUCUGGUUUCUACAAUGACUCUUUUGGUCAAGCACCCAACCAAGUAAACGCAAUUGUUCUUUGUAGAGGAGAUGUUUCACUAGACGUCUGUCAAGGUUGUGUCAGAAACGCUACUCGAAAGAUCUUUCAAAACUGUCCCAACCAAAUGGAAGCAGUUGGAUGGUAUGACGAAUGCAUGAUUCGAUAUUCCAACAAAUCUAUUCUCGGUGUAGUUGACACUGGAUUAGGUGGCUACCUCUGGAAUCAACAAAAUGUCUCGGAUAAUUUGGUCGAUGAGUUCAACCAGGAAUUGCAAAGUUUGUUAACUAGUCUACGAAACACAGCUGCUUCAGGGAAUUCUCUUCUCAAGUUUGCAACUGGAAAUACAACAGUAAAUUUUCAACCAGUAUAUGCACUUGUGCAGUGUACUCCUGAUUUGUCCAAGACGCAGUGCACUGAGUGUCUAGAUGAAGUUAUUAAACAAAUUCCAGCUUGUUGUCAGCAAAGGAUCGGAGGGAGGGUUCUUAUGCCCAGUUGUAAUUUCAGGUUUGAGAGUAAUGACCUUUUCUUCAAUCCAACACCGGACUCACCACCACCAUCGCCAUUGCUGCCACCGCCAGCAGAACCGCCAGUAGAAGGGAAUAACAAUAACACAGCUCGAACUGUUAUUAUCAUCGUUGUUCCAGUAGUUAGUGUUGUGAUACUUAUCAUAUGUAUCUGUAUCUUCUUAAGGAUGAGGAAGCAGCCAAAGAGAAAAGUUGAAAGUACUGAAGCUGUGGAUGAAAUCAGUCGGGUAGAGUCCUUGCAAUUCGAAUUCAAUACUAUUAGAGUUGCAACAGAUAACUUUUCUAAUGCAAAUAAGCUUGGACAAGGAGGAUUUGGUGCUGUUUAUAAGGGUAUUCUUUCCAAUAGGCAAGAAGUGGCUGUGAAAAGGCUCUCUAUGGGUUCUGGACAAGGAGAUUUGGAAUUUAAGAAUGAAGUCCUAUUAGUGGCCAAGCUUCAACACCGGAAUUUAGUCAGGCUGCUUGGUUUCUCCUUGGAAGGAAAUGAAAGGCUUCUCAUAUACGAGUUUGUGCCUAAUACAAGCCUCGAUCAUUUCAUAUUCGAUCCCUUGAAACGUGCACAACUAGAUUGGGAAAGGCGUUACAAAAUUAUUGGAGGUAUUGCUCGAGGACUUCUUUACCUCCAUGAAGACUCCCGCCUAAGGAUAAUUCACCGUGACAUGAAAGCUAGUAACGUUCUAUUAGAUGAGGAGAUGAACCCUAAGAUUGCAGAUUUUGGUAUGGCUAAAAUGUUUGAGCUGGAUGAGACUCAAGGCAAUACAAGUAGAAUAGUAGGGACCUAUGGAUAUAUGGCUCCAGAGUAUGCAAUGCACGGGCAUUUCUCAGUUAAGUUGGAUGUAUACAGCUUUGGUGUGUUAGUUUUGGAGAUAGUGAGUGGUCAGAAGAAUAAUUGUUUCCGCAAUGGAGAGACUGUUGAAGACAUUCUAAGCUGUGCAUGGAAAAACUGGAGGGAUGGGACAACUAUGAAUCUCAUAGAUCCCAGUUUGACAAGUGGUUCAAGAACUGAAAUGAUAAGAUGCAUUCACAUUGGAUUAUUAUGUGUUCAAGAAAAUGUAGCCAGUAGACCAACAAUGUCAUCUGUUGUUCUCAUGCUUAAUAGCUACUCCCUUACUCUUCCAGUUCCUUCAGAACCAGCGUUUUUUAUGCACAGCACCAUAUCAGACAUGUCGUCCUCGGUUGCCUAUAGUUCAAGUAUUAAAGAAGCAGAUCGGACCAAGAAUGACACUAUUCCAUUGACGGCAAAUGAGGCAUCAAUUACAGAUCUUUAUCCUCGAUAGUCUUCAUUAAGAGUUGUUCCACCAUUACUAAACACGAUUCUGUUGAAACCUUGAACUACUCUGAAACCUGAUUGUAUAAAACGAUUAAUAUAUAUUUUCAUUCUUUCUGUUUGUUUUCUGAUACAUAUUUAUGAAAUU